ACUACACAGAACAGAUAAGUACUUUGGUAUAUGUGAUGUAGAUGUGAAUUUGCUGUGGCUUGCGGCAUUCAAUGUUUACGUUAAUAUGGGUACAAGGCGAGAGAGGGGAGGAAUGUGGCGAGUGCGGCGCCGGCGCGGCGGCCUACCUUGAGUGGGCAGGUUCAGUGGCUGAUCCCGUCGCGCGCCUCCGCGUCUCCGCUCGCCAGUUGAGUGGGCGCUCACCGCUCGGACAGCCAACAUGACCGACCCGAAGGCAGUGUGGCGAUGCGCGUGCAUCACUCUCGUGGCGUUAUUUCCUAUAGUGUCAGACGCGACACUUUCCGGUCUGUACAUCGACAAUGGGGUCGAUCAAACCGUAAUUCAUCACUCCAUGACGAAGCACGAACGCCUGGUCGUCGAACACGAGAUACUGGAUCUUCUGGGCCUUGGCGAACGCCCGCGGGGUACCCGCGCUCCGCCGCUAGACCGUUCAGCUCCUAGUUUCCUCCUGGACGUGUACAAGCAGCUGGCUGAGGAACAUGAGCAGGCUCGGCCAACACGCAGCUCUGAGAUGGCGCUUAGUGGCGACGAACAGCAAGCGAUUGAUGCCAGUGAUCUUAUUAUGACGUUUCAGAGCAAAAAGCAUCAUUUGGGAGCACUUCGACAAGGCCAUGGAAGACACGUCUGGUUCGAAGUGGCGGGCGCUCCUGGGGAUGCGUCCUCCCUUCUCACCGCCGAGUUGCGGCUGCACCAAGCCCCGACACACACCGAAGACCCCACAAGUUUAUACAGAGUGGUCGCGCAUCGUGUUCUAAGUGUCGAUAAUUUAGGGAAGAUGCAGCUUGAGGAAGUGGCGUCAGUGAACACGAGCGUGGGAUCAGAGGGGUGGCUGGAGUUGAACGUGACCAGCUCCCUGGCCGCAUGGCUCACUUCGCCCGCGGACAACCGCGGUUUCUUUAUCACUCUGCAUCCACAUUUACAGCCAGAGCGACACGUGAAGCCUGAAGAGAUUGGCUUGGAAGAGCCUCGUGGUGCGAUUGUAGAAGGGAAGCAACCGUUUUUGGUGGCCUUCUUUAAGAGUGGGCCGAAACUGGGCAACACGGACCCGGGCGCCAGGCGCAAGCGGGAGGCUAAACGCUGGCGGUCACAUGGCUUCUCUGACAACCAUUUGAGGAAUCCACUUACAGAUACGUCGCACUGGACUACAAGGAGUUGUGAAAUUCAAACUCUUUAUGUCAGUUUUAAGGAUUUAGAAUGGCAGGAUUGGAUUAUUGCUCCGGACGGCUACGGCGCAUUCUAUUGUAGCGGCGAAUGCAACUUCCCAUUGAAUGCCCAUAAAAACGCCACCAAUCACGCUAUCGUACAAACUUUGGUUCAUCUUUUAAAUCCACAACAGGUACCGAAGCCAUCUUGCGCGCCGAUCAAGCUGUCUCCCAUAUCCGUGUUAUACUACACGGACGACUCUAACGUCAUCCUGCGCAAGUACAAGAACAUGGUCGUCAAGAGCUGUGGCUGUCACUGAUUGCUUGUUAAAAUAAGUGCUAAGUCUAAUGUGUGAAUAAUAAUCGUUUACAAGGAAGCUUUCGUUAUGUAGGCUCUUAAAAGUAAAGCAAAAGGAGUUUCACUCGAUGUUAUUACAGUAGUUUAUGCUUUUGUCUAAUUUUUUGCAGCCAGAUUAAAAUGAUUCAAGUCAUUAUUUAAAGAAAUAGUAUUAUUUUUAACAUUUAUUAUAUUCGUAGCUAUUUUUUAAACUGACAAUAUCUGUAAUGUUUCAUGUAUUAUUUCGUUCGAUCUAGAUUUUGUAGGUACGUAUGAACACCCGUUUUAGCAGCAGUAGUAACUUAGUUCGUAGUUUUUACGAAUAGUCAUAGUGAGGUAUAUUUAGUCAUAUUUUUAUUAUUUAUAAGAUAUAUUAUAGAUUUAGGCUUAUGGAUUGCUGUUGGUUUAGUUUGUUUUAACAAAACCUUGUCUUUUGGUCUGUCAUUAAAUAGUCAUAUUUACAUACAUAUAUACGCCUUAAGUCACACACUUUCUACAUAUAAUAUAUUCAGAGAACCAAUCGUAUCAGUACCGUAACUUAACGCUUCGUUUACGAGGACAUUCUACAAUAGUAUAUGUAUCUAUUUCACAAAUCAAUAGUUACAUAAUAUUAUACUUAUAUAUUUUAGAAGAAAGCAGGCUUGUUUAAUUAAAGCUUUAAAAUGUGAACUGUGGACAAAGGAGGAAAAUUAAUUUAAUUGAAUAUUUAUCGUUUGAUUUGAAAUGAGAGGAUUUAAUAGGAACCUACGUAUGUUUAUCAUUAUGUAUUUUUUUAAAUGUUGUUAAAAGUUGCAUUAGAUAUUAUUAUAAAAUAUUUUCAAACUUUGAUUGGUACUUAGUUUGAGAAAUUCUUCAGAAUCAGAAUCAGAAUCGUAAUCGUACCUUGUCUGUUAUAUUCGUUAUUCUACAUAUCUUUAUUUAAUAUCUACCUAUAAUAAAUAAACUUAAGUCCUAUUUAAGCAAAAUGUAAAUAAUAUUACGUAUAUAAGUACUUAGAUAGUAUAACGAUAUGAGAUUUUGUAUUUUGCAUAUUUAACGUAGCCAUAAAUAUGUGCCAAAUUAUGUUUUAUUUAACAUUAACUAGGGCAAUAUUGAGCUCUAUGUAACUACAUAUGUGAUUGUAAAUGAGAUCUAAAUGCAUUUCCUCAAGUUGUGUAAUAAUAAAACAGUUUCCGUGUUCGUUGACCAGUGUUAGAUGCACCAUAGAUGUACAAUUUCACACGUUUUGAUGAAAUGUACAUACUAUUAAAAAGGAGAUGCUGCUAAUGUUACAAGUAAUUAGGUAAUAAGGGUAAAUUAUUACAGUUACAAAUAUAAAACAUAAAGUAAGUUGUAUCUACAUAAUUGCAAUAAUUUCUGUUCAUAGUAUUAUAUGAAGUGAAAUAAGCAACUUAAAAGUGAAUUAUUAAAAAUUCUCUGAAAACAUUUAAGAGGUAGAUAGCAGGUACUGCUACGGGCUUCAUUUAUCAGAUCGGCUAGAAGCCAUAAUAUCUGCUUAAUAUCUGUUAUUAAUUUUGUAUUUGUGAUACGACAAUAAAUAAAAUAUUUUGUAUUA